AAUUGAGUAACUAUUCUAGACGAAAACGAAAGCACAAAACUAGUAAUGGAACGGAUUUCGGAUAGCUUUGCAUUCUUAUCAAACAGGAUAACGGGAAACGACACUACCGGAGGAGAUGAACCUCAUUCGUUCAUUCACUAGAAUCAAUCCGGGAAAGCGUUUUGUGUUCAUCAUCCCAAAUACACACACCAGCGCAACACCGGUUCUCCGGGACCGUGACCCAACGAUUAUGUCCUGCCCACACAAUCAAAGGAUAGUCAGCAACCCGAAUGAUUGCCACUCCGACGAGCGGCACUUCGGUAACUUGUUGAUAGUUCAAUAAAAGCGUAUUUGCAUUCGCCACUUGCUCGCUCUGUGCUGCUAGUGUUGCUCGGGCGAGGAUUAUGGUCCUCCCCGGACACCUCGGCCACUAUUCUUCGCCUACAUUAAACAAACUGCUACUUGCUGCUGCUGCUACUGCUGAUGCUCAUUCUCGUGGUUUAGCCAGCUCUCAACCAGCCGGGCGUCAGCAUGCCUGAACCGCCUACUGAACUAUCUCUCCUCAUUCACACAGUUAUUGCUAGUUUCAUUCAUAACGCCAUCACCAGCAGAGCAGGCUGGAUGGUCUGGCCGAUUUUUCUUUCAAUUCGGUUACUCUCUCUCUCUCUCUCUCGUUCUCAUCCUUUUUCCUGUCUCUCGUUCUCACUCAUUUCCGUCACGGCCUCUUUUGCAUUUCCGGUUCGUUCAGGGGAGUACGUAGUUGGCGAAAGGGCCCGCAAACCGGUUCUUAUUUUUCCAUGUCGUUGAUUUUGCGUUGCUGCUGCUCGCUCAUCCUUCAUCCUUUCGCGCCAGAUGCAUGUUGCUUUUCGACCGUCGCUAUUGUGCUUGACGUUUUUUUUUACUUUAUUAGGUAUGUCUUAUGUCAUAAUUUCCCACGGAGACGGAUAAGCAAUCUGCAUGGUUCAGCGAGUUUUUAAAAUGGAAUUUCUAAUGUCACGUGACGGGAUACCGUCAUUCGUACGGUUUUGUCGAGACGAUAUGGUUGGACAUUGCGCGGGUGCCUGCGAGAUUGAUGAAGCUGCCAUGUUUGUUGCGAGGCCGGUUGCAGGGUGGCGCACAGUUAUGAAUGCCAUCAAUUUAUCACGAACGCAAUCAAUCGUGUCCGCCAAUCGGUUGAUCAUCGAUUGCCAGUUGAUUGCCUCGAUAAGGGUUAUGCAAACUACGGGCUUUCAAAGGGUGUAAUCAGCCGCUACAAACAUUCUAAAACGUGUUAUUAACAUUCAAGCACUUGGUCGAACAAGCAAAUUGUCAGUAAUUCAUUGAAAGCUUGUGCAUAAGUGCAUUUUAGUAAUAAAAAUAUUGCUUUCUUUCAGUCAUUUGAAUAAGUUUAUUAUGUGUGUAAAGUGUCCUCACUGUAAAGCACUUGUCUGCGAUCGAAGCCUAUGAAGCCACCACCAAGAACGGUCGAAACUAGGGUUAAGUUCAGCCUCGGUCAUUCUUAAAAUUGAUGAGAUAAAAAUGCAGAUCAACGGCCGGACAGAAACACAACUGGGGCAGGGAAGCGCUUCGCGUGCCAUCGUGGUUUCUUUCGUUCCUUCGAAUCGGUAGCGUUCCUAGGCCAGCGAGUUUCGGACCAGAUAGUUUGUCUACGCGAAUUUAUUACACUUUCCACUGGACACUGGCAGACUGGGUGCAUUAAACUUGUUCACUUUUUUCGAACCGUCCAGUAUCGUCUCCGGCCAGUCGGGAGGUACUUACUCGAUUCCACUUUUGGCCGAAAGUCACCGAAUUGCUGCCGGUGCCUCCAGCGGUCAGCGUGCUAAAUACGGCUGCACAGCGUGUCGCGAAAACGCACCCGUUAUUUCUACCAACUACAAGCAUUGGUCACAAGCCACCGGGCAAUCCGGUGUCCGGGUUUUUUUUUUCAUACGUUUGCAAGCAACAGACGACCAGACGGCGAGACGCCUGGAAUCUUUAAAACGUGAAACUAAAACGCCCCUCCACUCGGUUCUGCGAGUGCCAAGCCGGGAAUCAAAUUUGCUAGCGCGCGAUGCUGAAUUGUUUCAUAACUUUCAUAACGGAGAGAGUAGAUUCAAAGGAUAGACCCAGUGGCAUUGCCAAAGCACGGCUGCAGCAUUUAAUCUCCCAUCACGUACCACCGACAUGAGUAAUUUAAAAUUGGUUCCAUACACGCGCCAUUCCGGCCAGCAAUAUCAUCGACGGUGAUAAAGUUUUACACAAUCUGUCGCUUGGGUAUAUAAAAUGUCGAACCGUGGCGUUGCUGGAACCUGGAACGAAUAUUGUGAGCAGAGUUUGUAUUCCAACCCAAAACAUGAAGACACCCGGUGCAGUGUUGUUUUUAGGCACUUUAGUGCUAGUGACUGCGGCUAGCCCCAUCCAUGAACUGGAAAAACGAGCAGCAGCCGGUCAACCGAAUGACGUCAUGAAUAAGCUGGCCGAAAAAGGAAAAGAGAUCGCUUUUGGGGUAAUCGAAAAGCUGAAGGACAGCGAAGUCGGACGCAAGAUGAUAGGCAAAGUACUGGGCGCGAUGGCUGGUGGUCGUUCUAAGCGCGAAAUCUCUAUUGACGCUGCCAUUACGAACCUCCAUACAGCCCAUUACCAGAAGCUUGAACUGCACAAAACGCUCAAGAAUGAUGCUACCAACAGUGUUAACCCAUCGACCUGUCCGAUUCAACAGAACGAACUAAACUGGAUUGAAACAGCCUCCAUUGCUGUCCAACAGAUUCUCCUUCAAGUGAAUAAGAUUAUUAAUGGACAGAAGCUUGGAUACAGUGUGCCCAAGCCACAGCAUAUCUCUGUUUAAGCCAAGGAAAAUCAAAUAUUUAGCAUUGGGUUUCUAAUAUCAAAAUAACUGUCUGUCAACGCGCCUGUUAGUGUCCUUUUUGUGAGCAAUGUCUAAAUGCAAAUA